CAAUUUUCUUACAAUUCAGCAUUAUCUUCACUCCACGUACAACUUACCUCAUUCUUUCAGGAAAAACAAAAACAGGGCAACAUUAACAUAACACCAAAACCAAAGCCCCGCGAGAAACUCAGACACCAUCUCUGCCAUUCGUACCGGUCAACACAGCCAAACCCGUCUCUAAAUCCUUCUGGGGGGAUAUUGGGUUUCAAGUGGGAUCUGUGAAUUUUUGUGUUGAUGGAGAGGGAGCUGGUGGAGUUGUUUGAGGCGGCUAAAAAAGCUGCGGAUGCCGCCGCUUGUGACGGUGUUGCUUCUAAUGGACCGGAGGUUGUGCGGUGUGUUGAUGCUUUGAAGCAGCUUAAGAGCUUUCCUGUUAACUAUGAUGUUUUGGUUUCUUCUCAGGUUGGGAAACGGCUUCGAUCUCUAACAAAGCAUCCCAGGGAGAAGAUCCAAUCUGUGGCCUCUGGCUUGUUAGAGCUGUGGAAAAAGAUAAUUAUUGAUGAGACCACUAGGAAGAAAAAUGGCACAGUGGAUAAUACAAGUUCAGUGAAAGCCGAGGCUUCAAAGGUAGAGACUGUCAAAGUUGAGAAGGUUCAGAAAGCAAGCACUCUUAAAGUUGAAAAGAUUGACCAGGCAGGGACUGUCAAGAUUGAAAAGAAAACUGAGGUGAAAGUGCAGACCUCUUAUUUGAAAAAACCUUCACAAGUCUCUCCUACUCCACCAAAGCUGACUUCCAUGGUGAAAUGCAAUGAUGCUGUACGCGAUAAAAUUCGUGAACUUCUUGUGGAGGCCUUGUCCAAAGUUGCCGAGGAGGCUGAUGAGGACAUGAAGGAUAAACUAAGUGAACAUGACCCAAUUCGAGUUGCUGUGUCAUUAGAAUCUGUAUUGUUUGAGAAGUUUGGUCGGUCAAAUGGAGCCCAGAAGUUGAAGUACAGAUCCAUAAUGUUCAACCUCAAGGACCGGAAUAACCCAGAUUUGAGGAGAAAAGUUCUUUUUGGAGAGGUGACACCAGAGAGGCUCACCGCAAUGACCCCUGAAGAAAUGGCAAGUAAACAAAGACAAGAGGAAAACAACAAAAUUCAUGAGAAAGCAAUGUUUGAAUGUGAGCGCGGCGGUCCACCAAAAGCCACAACUGACCAGUUUAAGUGUGGUCGUUGUGGUCAGCGCAAGUGCACAUACUAUCAGAUGCAGACUAGGAGUGCAGAUGAACCAAUGACAACUUAUGUAACAUGUGUAAACUGCAACAACCGUUGGAAGUUCUGCUAAUGUGGACUUGUCUCGGAUUAUGAUUCCGAGGAAGUGGUAUAGAGCUGGUUAUGUGCAAAGCGCCACUUCAUUCAUAACGAAUCACCAUCAGUUGACAUUGUCAGACAUCUCGAAGAAAAAUCUUCCAUUCAUAUUUUAUUUGGUGUAUGGAUAUUUGUUUCCAGGUUUCUGGCGAUGUCUUCUUAUGUAGUAGGUACAUUCUGGUCGGCUCGAUUUAUUUCUUUUUUUGAUACCAUUUCUGUUCUUCGGCGCCGUUUCUUGUAGCUUCUAUAUAUGAUGGAUGUACAAGAAACGGGGAGUGUGUUCUGUGAAGACUCUGAUUACAAGCCUUCCAGCUUCCUGUUGUGUUUUUGUUUUUCCUGAGCGACCAUAGAUCUAAAUUUAAGAGUUAGAAUAGGCAGAGUAGUCAGACAGGGGAUGAUGCUUACAAUUUCAUUUCCUUGCAACUCUCAUAUAUCGAGAAGUUGAUGAUUUGCUUCCUUUUUCUAGUCUAGAUUGUUCGUACUUUCAAUUUUAAUUUUAAUUUUUUAAUUUCUUUUCGUGGAAUA